AAAUUUGACCUGGUCACGCUGAGUUCAAUGGCGAAAAAAAGGGAGUCGAACGACUUGACCCUUUUCUAAGAUCGACUCAUUAUUACGAGCGCCUAUAGCCCGCCAACCUAUCCUCAAGCGCGCGUUCCCCGCAUCAGGAUUCUGUCAUUGGCCCGUUUGUCCUCCGGACGCCGUGUCCGUUUUGCCCAUGUCGAGCGAGGCCCAGCCUCCGAUCGCUCCGGCGGUCAGUUCCGCUCCCGUUCACCCGCCUGCUAAAGAAGGUACGCCUUCUUCUUCCGGGAGUAGCGGUGGCCGAAGCUCACAUCACCAUUCGUCGCGUGGACGGGGCCGAGGGCGAGGUAGUGGCCGCUCUCACGAGGAUCAUCGACAUGCAGAACGAACUAAACGACCCGAUGUGCAACAUUACAAGCCGGGUGCCUUCAAAAGCACGCCCAAGGGUGAAGAGGAAGACGGACGCUUUCAUGCCGAAAAUGGCGCGCCCGCUCCUACGCCAGCUCCUGCUCAGACACAGCCUCCGUCCAGUGGGAAGAGGUCGGGAAAAGGUCGAGGUCAGCAUUCCGUUGAUAAAGGUACAGCUAAGCCUGAUCCCGUCUCCACCCACCCCGAGGCUGGUACUCAUCCGCCCGUUGAACCAGGAUCGAGUUCGACGUCCCAAGCAGCUCACUCCGGGGGCAAUAGUGGUGGUGGUGGUGGCGGGGCUCACGGGCGUGGUGGCAAGUCCAAGAAGAAGAAACCUGACCAGGCCCAUUAUGUGCCUAAGAAAGUGGAUGCCCCGGGGUCAGACCAGCCUGAACAAGAUGGACCGACCUCAAAAGUGAUCCCUACCUCAAAUGAUGAUCCAGUCGCGCCAUCCAGCCACAAACCUUCGACAUCGGACACUCAGCCGAAAGAAGAGGCUCCGCCCAAGGCGUCCAGAAACAAAAGUGGAAAAGCCAAAGACAAUCGCGAAUCAAAAAACCGAGACGGAAAUCGCCGAGCCCGGGGUAGGAAUGCCAACCAUCAAAACCCACCUUUAUCCCAAGAAAUCGACCACACACAACAGAACGGUUUCACCGAAAAUCCCUCGGCGAAAGGAUCUCAACAGGGUGGACAGAGAGAAAAGUCUGCGACCUCUCAGCCCUCCUCGAGAGCUUCUGGAAUUCAAGAGACCGUUUUGCCUACACCGGAGCCUAACCGAGACUCCAAGGCCAAUUCUGAAGAAGAUCGAAGCAUGCACAAAAGAAAGAAGCAGACGGAGCAAGAACAGCAACCAGCCCAACCCGCAACGCAAUUACAACGAGAGAAUCGCGACCAUCGAGAUCGAGGUUCCAACCACCACAAUCAGCAACAACGAAAAGACUUCCGCAGGGAUCACAAUCAACAGAGUCAGAAUAGUAGGAAAUUUGAGGCUCAGAUUCCACCUCGAUUGCGAGACAGACAGCAACAGCAGAAGCACAAUCACCACCACCAUCAACAACAACAACAACAACACGCCCACCGGGAUUUUAACCAUGGACACCCAGAGGCUGAUCGUGAGCGAAGUGGUGGAGGAGUGAAUAGCCAGGGCAAGAAUGAAUAUCACCAACAUUCAUCGCAGUACGAGAGGCAAAGAUACACCAGAUCCCCCAGCCCUCGUCAGGUCACGAGACGGAGUCAAAGUCCCAUGGGUGUGGUACACCACCGUGGCGGUGGCGGUGGCGGUGGUGGGGGUCGAGAGGGCGGAUCGUUGAACCGUCGCACGGAGAAAGGCCGGCGUUUCAGCGAAAGUGAGCAACACCCCCCUUCAGAUUGGGGUAAUCGAUACUUCCGUGAGCCUAGUGGUUAUCAGCAUUCAGACAAUUACCGAGCACAGGGUGGGGCUUGGGAGGACCAUCGUGGCGGUGGAGGUCGAGGAGCGGGGCGCGGGGGACGAGGUGGGGGUGGUAGAGUGGCACACAAUAGUCAAGUUCCGCCCAAGGUAGAAGUCCCUCCAAGAUUCAUGAAAGGUCGUGGCCAAGUGCGAUCGAUGCCAGCCUCGCAACAACGUUUUUCUGGACAAAACCAGUCUCAUUCUCCCUUGGAUGCUGAUCGAGUAGCGUCCGGAGACGAGGAAGAGGACAUUUCUGUGAUCUCCAAUUCUCAUCGAGACACUGCUGACGUUCCCAAGAGUGGCUCCUCUCGUCCACCUUUGCUGUCCAUGGACUCUGAAAUGAGUGAUUGGAGUGUCGAGGUUGACGAAGACGAGAUAAGGAUGAAAAACUCGCUCUUAGAUAGGCAAUCAAGCCGAUCUGUUCCUCCGGCACCUAGCUCUUCAUCUGGGCCAUCAGGUGGGGGAAUCAUUCGUUUACCUCCUACACAAGCACCUUCUUCAUCGAGUAAUCAAUCGAAGCCCCAUCAAUCAAGCAACAACAGAGGCCACAACCAGCAUUCAACGGCGGCUUCAAAUCCAGCCUGGCGAGGCGUGCCACAGCGGGAAAUCCAAUACCAAAUGGAACCGAGCUCCAACCGACAAGGUAAAUCUUCUCUUUCGCAUCGGGGAGAAAGAGACCAAAAGUUCCUGUUCGACCACAAGAACCCAAACAAACCCAUCCCAGCGCCCAACCAUGCCCACGGACGUCCCCCUCCAGGAAACAGCGGUGGUUCUAGCUCAGGACCAAUGCGUGAUGGCGGUGCUUCUUCACAUCCUUUUCAAGAGAAUUUCGCACCCCCUCCCUUUUCUCCUCAGAUGGCCCCCCACAACCAUCAAAACCCGCCACAACAACAACAACAUCAUCAACAACAACAACACAACCUUCCCCCUCAGCACCAUCUUCCCCAUCCGCAUUCACAACCUCAUCGCCACCCUCCCCCUUUGAUGGGAGUUCCUAUGCCCAAAAUGCAACCCCAACCCGAGUGGUACGACGUCAAAGACUCGGAUCCCAAAACUAAGCAUUAUCCGGUGGUGUUGGGAAUGGCUCAGAACGACUUUGCUCUGCAAGAGAUCUUCAAGCAAGGACACUACUGCCUCUGUCAUCUUUGGGAUACGGAGGUGCAGAAACUCCGCAAAAGCAUUCAACUUGCUCUGGAGCACCUUAUCCGGACGGACCUUCAAUACUGUGCCUUUCAUGAUGUGGAAUUUCACAUCUGGAAGAUUGCAUUCUAUCGACUUUUGGAAUUUAUGAAAUUGGGUGUCAAAGAUGGACCUGAGGAUCUCAGACGGAAACUUGAAGCAAACAUCAAUGAGUUGCUGGAAGAAGGCAUUGAAUAUUACACGCAUCUUUUGGAUGUGUUGGAUAGUCACUACAAGCUGCAUUUGGAGCAAUACUACGACGUCCUCGAGCCUCGUUCCCACGAUAAGCACUUCAAAUUGGCCUUAAUGUCUGUGCAAAAGUGUCUGCUUUGUCUUGGUGACUUGUCUCGAUAUCGCGAACUGAUCCAGGAGACGAGUAACUUUGGCAAAGCCCGUCAGUAUUACCAAAAGGCCAGCAAUAUUGAGCCUCGGAAUGGUCGACCUUUCAACCAGUUGGGCGUUCUCGCCGUCAACACAAAGCGCAAGUUUGAGGCGGUCUACUACAACAUGCGCUGUCUCAUGGCUAAGAAUCCAUUCCAAUCCAGCCAAGAGAGUCUCACCGUCAUGUUUGAAGACAUUAAACGCAAGUGGGAAGCCAACGAUCGCAAGCGUCUGGAAGACAAAGAAGCCCGUCGCAGAGCAGCGCAAAAAGAAGUGGAAGGCAAUCAACUGAUCAAAGGCACUCACUUGAGAAAGGAGAUCUGGAUUCGGCCCGAAGGUGGACGGCGAUUGCACCGAACCACAUCGGCCUUGGACACGCCCGAGACCAACGAAGAUGAUGAGGAUUUGCGCGAGUUAUCAACCUCGGACCUCAACCGGCGCUUUAACAACACAUUCCUCUAUUUGAUAGGGAAAUUGUACAGCAACAUCAGCAUGGAAACGUUUGGCAUUGCAUUGGAGCUGCUUCGAAAAGAAUUUCGAGAACUCCUUGCCCGAGUCCCGUUGCCCUUGGACUCGAAGCGACUGGUGCAGAUCAUGUCCUUGAACAUGUUCGUGAUCGAACAGACCAAGAUGAAGGGCGGCGACUCGGAGAACUACCGUUCAGCUAUGCAGGUCUCUGCUCUUCAGCUCGCGUUCGACAUGUUCGGGAUCCUGGUGGAGCGCUCAAAUAACCUCCUGGAAGGCUUUCGACCUUCACUCAACGAAACUAGUCAAUGCAUCUUCCCGGACGACGAUCUCCCCAAUCUGUUGUCGGCCAUUAAGGUUUGGUGCGACUGGCUCUUGGGGAAUAACGACACGUGGUACCCGAUCGUCGCCGAUGAGCCAUUCACCCAUCUGGCUGCAUUGGCCACUCACUUGGAGAAACUCAAGCCGGUCUUGAAACCUAUUUUGCUUACGUUCCUAGAGGAAACUCAAUUCCACAUUCACCCAGACAGAGAUUCUUUCGAGUUGGUUCGAUUGGGCGAGGAUGCCCUCCUUUGUGAUUUUAGCCCUUGGUUCCGUGGUCUCACUUGGGAGCUUUACCGACGUUAUGCACCUCGGUCCCUGCCUCUACCCCUGGCCCAGGAUGUUCGUCGCAUUGAUGCCAUCAACUUCUGCGUCGACUUCUUGGAAGGGUUGGAGCCACCCAUCUUGAAAUGGUCGCUUCCCGACAACGCUCACAUCUCCCUGGUCGAGACGACCAAAAGUCCCCAAGAGAAGGCCAAUGCUAACCUGACCCAUAUGAUUGAAUCCGAAGAAGAUAUUCUCGAAGAAUCCUACAGUGAUGAAGACAGUACGCUGCAACGACAUGCCACCUUGAGCAACACAAAAGAUGGAGGCCAGUUGAGCGCCUUGAAACAAAAGAAGAACGAGCUCGAGCGGCGAAAAUUAGUCGAAGAGCGCGAAGCCCGACGAAUGCAACGAGAAAUUUUGGCCGAACAUGUCAACGUGGUUCUUGAAAUCUGUCCACGAUACAUCGUGACGGAUACCAACUGUUUUGUGGACCACCUCAACGACAUCAAGAACCUAGCUAACACCAAUCAGUUCCGCAUUCGUGUCCCCUUGGUUGUACUGACCGAACUUGAGGGUCUGGCCAAAGGAGCUCAUCCUCACAAGUACGCCAGUCACGGACAUGCCGUGAUGGUGUCCGAAAACGCCCGACGAGCUCUACAGUUCCUCCAUGACCACCGCCAACCUUCUAUCAAAUGUGUCACUUCCAAAGGCACCACCCUAUCCACGAUGGGUGUAGCCAACGAGGAAGACAACACCGAGGGGAAGAACAACGACGAUCUCAUCCUCAACACCUGUCUUUCUCUCUCAGAGUUGGCACCAAUUUCUGCUAUUGCAUCCAGAGGCGGAGAAGGAGGAUCAUCUUCUAGUGGAGGUGCGGACAAGAUGCGAGUUGUCAAGCGAGAAGUAGUGUUAUUGACCGAGGACCGAAACCUCAAACUCAAAUCCCAUCUUCAUGAUAUUCCAGUCAACAAAGUGGGAGAUUUUGUCCGCUGGGCAUGUCAAGGCCCCUAGUACUAGCCACUACCAUCUAUCUACGCCUCCAGUGGGUGGUGUUUUUCAAGAAAAAAAAUUCAAAUAUCCUGCUUGUGAGGCGAUGUGGAGCCCUUCCCCGAUACUUCGUUCUGUGAUUCUUUGAUUAUCGUCUUGAUUCCAACCUUUAUAUAUACCAGAUAUUUAAGCAAACACUAAAAUAAUCCGGAAGAAGAGAAGCAGUGUAAAUAUUCCUCGUCAACUCCCAAACAAAUCAAAGCAUCGUCCUGGCCAUCAAACCAUUUUUCAUCGCAAUAUUCUUACUACAGGAGCACGCCCCCAACACGCCACUCGAUUGGCUUUUUUCAUCCAUCUAAGAAAAAGCGAGGCAAAAUUCAUGCAGAACGAACCCGUUUUAGUGUAUUUUCCCCGUCUUCAUUGCUGGUUUUGCACUAAUAAUGAGCAUUCGUACUAAAACCAUUGCUACUCCGAGUCGAUGAUAUAAUGCUAAUGUACCAUUUCUCCACCCCUUUAUCACCCUUGGUAAUGAUUGAACUACGGAUUGUAAUGUGCGAUUUCCACUUAAUAAACGAUUUCCAAGCCUUC